GGAAUGAUAAACUUGCAGAGGUUUGGGGCAAUCUGCACUGGAGGAAGGGGAGGAGUCUGUGCAGUUCUGCCUCACUCGGCUGAAGUGUGGUCUCCGGAGCUAAGUCAAGAAUGCCUUCUGUGGGGUUUUCUUCUGCUCACUGUCCUUGCAGCCUUGAACACCUCAUCAGAGUCACUUCUGCUGGUCUUCUUACUGGGUUACUCUUUCAGUGAUGGGCAAGGUUGUAUCUGCUGGGAUUACCUGAAUUGUCUGGCACCUGUGUUGGAAUCUGUAUGCUGUUAUCUGGACAAGUCAAACUUGCCAUUUGUUCCUCCCUGGAGUAUCUCAUUUAAAAUACCCUUCUCUGUCUACUUGGCUGAGGUCCAUGGAUGGGAAUUGUUGGACUGGCCGUGUACCUAUGUGGAUUCCCACAAUCAGAUCCGGCACUUAGCAUCGUUCUGGUACAUAGUACAGCUCUGUGUAUGGUCAAUAACUGACUGACGUGCUAAAUGGCCAUCUGAGCUCCAGGAAUGGGAAAGUAAAUGGCAAGAAGCGAAAUCCUGGCCUUAAAAUUCCAAAGGAAGCAUUUGAACAACCUCAGACCAGUUCCACGCCACCUCGAGAUUUAGACUCCAAAGCUUGCAUUUCUAUUGGAAAUCAGAACUUUGAGGUGAAGGCGGAUGACCUGGAGCCCAUAGUGGAACUGGGGCGAGGUGCCUACGGGGUGGUGGAGAAGAUGCGGCACGUGCCCAGCGGGCAGAUCAUGGCGGUGAAGCGGAUCCGGGCCACAGUAAAUAGCCAGGAGCAGAAAAGGCUACUGAUGGAUCUGGAUAUUUCCAUGAGGACUGUGGACUGUCCUUUUACGGUCACCUUUUACGGCGCACUCUUCCGUGAGGGUGAUGUCUGGAUCUGCAUGGAGCUCAUGGAUACAUCCCUAGACAAAUUCUACAAACAAGUGAUCGAUAAAGGCCAAACAAUUCCAGAGGACAUCUUAGGGAAAAUAGCAGUUUCUAUUGUAAAAGCAUUAGAACAUUUACACAGUAAGCUCUCUGUCAUUCAUCGAGAUGUCAAGCCUUCCAAUGUGCUGAUCAACACCUUGGGCCAAGUGAAGAUGUGCGAUUUUGGAAUCAGCGGCUACCUUGUCGACUCUGUCGCUAAAACCAUUGACGCAGGAUGCAAACCGUACAUGGCUCCUGAGAGAAUAAACCCAGAGCUCAACCAGAAGGGAUACAGUGUGAAAUCUGACAUUUGGAGUCUAGGCAUCACCAUGAUUGAGUUGGCCAUCCUUCGGUUUCCCUAUGAUUCGUGGGGAACGCCUUUUCAGCAGCUCAAACAGGUAGUAGAGGAGCCAUCACCACAACUCCCCGCAGACAAGUUCUCCGAAGAGUUUGUUGACUUUACCUCACAGUGCUUGAAGAAGAAUUCCAAAGAAAGGCCAACAUAUCCAGAGCUUAUGCAACAUCCAUUUUUCACUCUACACGAAUCCAAAGGAACAGAUGUGGCAUCCUUUGUAAAAUCAAUUCUUGGAGACUAAAAACAAUGGACUCAAUUGGUUGACCCUCCUGUGGACUGGUGGGUUUAUGGGGUGAAGGAAGUUCACUAAAGCGCCAAUAACUUAACCCUGCCUCUCAGAAGGUUUUUCUCCCCAUUUUCUUUUUUUUUUUCCCCUACAAAGGGGGCCUUGGAAUCUAUAGUAUAGAGUGAACUAUCUAGAUGGAUGAAAUAUGAUAAAGGCUUAGGACUUGAAAAGGUGAUUAAAUAUUUAAUGAUGUGUCAUAUGAGUCCUUAAGCUUUUCAGACUUCUCUUGUUCUUUACAAAAUGAAUGCUUUGGCCCUGGUAAAAAAGGUGCUACAGUAGUGAUGAAAUUGUAAGUAGAUUUGUAGUUUGUUCCACUUAUUAUUUUAAUAUUUAUGUUUAAGUGCUUGGUUGAAAAGAUUCCAUUUUAUGCAAGGAGGGAGAGACAAAAGACAAGGUUGGGUUGGCAGUAUUUAUAGGGUUUUUAUUUUUUAAGUUCAAUUGUGUCUGUGGUCCAGAAGAAAUUAUUUAAUGUGCAUCUUUAGGAGUAUUAUGUAAGUGUCACCCAGGAGCUCUUGUGAAAUAUCUAUUUCAGCUGUUGUGGCUACUGCCAGGUUCCUAAGUUUCUGCUCCAGCCUGGGUAAUCACCACAUAUUCUGGUGAAGUGGCAAGGUAUCCUGGUCAUACUCUUUCCCUGAGUCUGAAAAAUAUAAAACCCCUUUUAUCACAGGUCAAAGAGUCACAGAUUUGGUUCUCUUGACAUUAGUGGUAUAGUAUCAAUGGAAUGUGAUUUGUGAUGUGAUUUUUCAUCACCUAUCUUUCCUUCUACGUGUGUGUGUAUUUGAUAAGUCACAAAUUCUGCCAAAUGGCUAUUAUAAAUAACACCUAUAUUUAGUAAGGAUGACAUUUAUCAGUCCUGAGGGGAAAUAUGUCAAACCACACAGAGAAUCAGUGCCUUCCUCUGCUUUUGCCCCUCCUACAAUGUUUAAGCCCCAAGGAUUGCCUUUGUAGCUCUUUUUUUGGGGGGAGGGGAGGGUAGUUGUUUUCUGUUCGAUGAAGAAGCCUUACUGUACAUGGAAAGGCUGCAAUAGGAGAAAAUUAAAGGCAGCCGGUAGUUCUUGGAUAUGGUAACGGGGAGGGUUGAAUGAAUUCCUAGGAAUAGACAGCCACACUUCCACAGGCUGAGUUCGAGGCACCGCCUUCUCCAGCAGCGGAUCACCCCACAGUGGGAGGCUGGCACCACGGUAGAUUCCUAGUAGGCUGACGAGGCAACAAAAGCUGUUUCUCAUGGCCAGAUACACCCACAGGUUCUCUGAUCUGGGGCUCUGGGUUCCUCGAAGGUCAAAGAGUUAACUGGCCCCAGGGAAAAAGACAAGUGAUAACCACCAGGGAGCCCUGCUUUUGGACACUGUGUUCCUCUGAGGCUACUCUUACAGUACAAGGGCAGAGGAGUGUGAUGAAAAAAAGAAAAGAACACACUGUUUCUUUCUUUGCUUCAAGUUCACAAAUAUGGAGAGAGGGCUUCUCCCUCGAAAACUCUUCUUUCCCUUUUAGAUUUUUGAAGUCCAGUUACAUCUUUUUCUCUGCAUUUUCCCCUUGUCUUGACAUCCAGCUCUUAGCAGUUGCCCAGAGUGAAUGACACUUCCAUGCACUUCUUUAUUUUCAGUUCCAACCCAGACCUGUUUGAUAAACAUUAAAUUCAUCUGCUUUGAUGCUACCUCUGUCCUCAUCUUUCUCCAGCCAGAUGAAGGGCAUUAUCCCAGUGAUUAUGACCAUUCACUUUCCUACCCUUCUUUCUAAAUUUGGAAGUUUCUCUGAGACUGAGAGAAAAAAAAAUCACAACUGUUAUUCAUCCAUCUUCUGAAAAAAAGAAAGCAGAAAAAAAAAAUCUGAGGCUAUUUCAUUUCAGCUUUUGGUGAAAUACACAAAGCAAAACAUCUUUCUGGUCUGGGUCAGAUGAUUCUUACCUCUCUCUUGUUCAGUGUGGUUUCUACUUUGAAAUAUUCUUAAUCAAGUGUGUUUCUCACGUGUACACCUCUCCAGUUUGUGAGCCCAGGGCCCAAACUUGCAAAACAGUCACACUAGAGUACAGAAGGAGUUAGUCAAUGGUUCUCAACUCUGGCAACACAUUGGAAUCACUGGGUGUUUGUGAACACUAUUAAUGUGAAGUUCCCAGACAUUCUAAUUUAAUUGGUCAGGAUAGGACCUGGGAAUUGGUAUUUUUCACAAGCUACUCAUGUGAUUUAGAUGUGCAUCAGAGUUGAAAAUACUGAUCUACUACCUCCUAAAGGGAGGUUGGAAUACUGAUUUGAAAUUUGGGAUACCGUUUCCCCCUAGAAAUGAUGUGCUACAUGAUGAUUAGGUAUCUUACGUACUGAAGUAGAAUGGUUUGAGAACCUUAUGAGUCUAAAUUUUAGAAUUUUUUUUAGAACUGUGUUAUAAGUUCUAAACAACUAAUUUAAAAAUAAAUAUAGAGAUGCAUAAACUAUAUUUAAGUUGAUGUAAGUUGGGAGUCUCCUGUAUGUACAUACAUAUGUGUAUAUGUAUAGGUAUAUAUGUGUGUGUGUUUGUGUGGGGGGAGAGAGAGGGAGGGAGGGAGGGAGAGAAAAGAUAGCGCUAUCCAGGGGUGAUACUCAAAAUAUUUAAUGUGCUACCAGCAUGUACCAUCUGAAUACUAGCGCUGCCUAUAAUGGAGUCAGUAUGGCUCUAUAAAAGAGAUCAUACUCUUUUUUCCCCCAAAUGUAUUUGAUUUGGUGUAUUAUAAUUAUCCAUGUAAUUAUCCAUAUUAUAUAUUGUCUUUAUGCUUAUAAAAAAAAUCCAUCUCUAUAUAUUACUGAUCUUAGAGGUGUGCCAAAAAAGUCAUGUGAAUGUCUUUGGAGACCAUUUCCAUACAUGUGUAUGUAUCAAUGAGUAUUGCCCUUCAGAGCGGCCACCUUCAGGAUUAUUUAUGUGAAUAAUGCUUCUAAGAUAUUUGUGCCACUUCUUUUUCAGAAAAGGCUUCAGAAUCUAUUUCUUCCUCUCUGCGUGUAACAUAUGGAAUCAUCAUUUUAUAAUUAUUCCUUGUUUGUUUCUUUUUACAAAAAUCCUUACCAGGAAUUUUCCUCUUUGGUUUACCCACCUUGUUCAGACUUAGCAUCAGGCUGUGUUUGGCAACUUCUAGAAGUAAAAUUUGCCCUCAGUGCUGAAGUUUUACCCUUAAAACUUUUAAAUGUCUUUUAAAAAGACCAUGCCGUGAGUUCUGAAGAUAAUUUCAAGUACAGAUUUCUCAAGAAAGUGUGUUUAUUUUUAAGCAAAGUCAGCCUUCCUGGAAUAAGUGUAGAGCCUCCCCAGAUGGUGACUAAAGGAGAAAGAACUCACAUAGGUGUAUAUAGUUGAUAAUAAAAUAUCAGUCAGAUAAUCCCUGAUUUCCCACGUGGCACUCACGUGCCAGCCAUGAUUGAAGGCCCUGAUGACAGCCCAUUAUUCUAGUGACUCUGUUUGGUCACACUGAUGUAGUCAGAACAAAUGGGCAGCUUCUAUCUUGCUUAUGCAAUCUAAAAUGGAAAAUGAGUAUUGUGUGGGUGUAGCUCAGAAUUGUUUGCAUUUUACAGUUCUUGCAUAUUCUCCACGCCUAACCCCAAAAUGUAUAUGCCAGAGAUUCCCAAACUUUCUCUGUUCAGGAUGCCAUUGAUUGUCUUAGAAAUUUUUUCCAUGGUGCCCUGGGCCAAAAUAAAUACUUAAUAGUUCCAUUUAUUAAGCAGUUAGGUCUACACAACUUAAUCAUAGUAGUUUGCAGGUUGUACUGCAGAUGUGGCUGUGUCUCCCUCAAGAAUGUACAAUAUCUUGUGGUGUCCCUAGGAGUUUGCUGCAGAACCUCAGAAUAUCUCAGUUUGGGAACCACAGAUAUAUGUUACACUGAGGUUUGCACUGUCUACAGUUGGUGACCUUAAAAAUGGAAUUCUUGGUUACUCAGUCCCCUGCAUCACUUCACUCUUUGUGUUUCACCAUUAUUAUUGUUUUUGCUUGCCUCUGGUUGAUUAGGAUUUUCAAUUGAGGUCCUGUCCUUCUUUGCUGUCCAUCAGCCCUGCAACACUUGAUGUCAGAGUCUAGAAAAUGAAACCCUCAUGAGCCCAAGCAUUGGAGGAGGUCAGCACUGAGACUGAUGAGGCACCUGGUUUCUCCAAAUGCAAUUGAUUUAGUAUCUCUGGAAUAUAAUCACAAAGGAGGCAGAGAGGGCGUUUUCAUAGUUCAACACUAAAAAUGCUUUUGUUGACCAAGAGACUUCACCAACUCUGCUCAGAGAAACUACUCUGUUUCUCCCAAAGGCCUUGAACAAAACACGUUAUCUUUGGCCUGAAAGGGUAAUGGAUACCUGCUACUUAAUUUUCCAACCUAAAUGCUUUUUUAGCUAUGCAACUCCUUCUAACCCUGAAGUAGGAUUCAUAUAUUUAUAAAAUUCAUUGGAGCUGUUUAUCAGAUCUAAUGAAAUAAAUUUAACCUCUAUUAUGCUGGGGAUUUUGCCUUCUUAAUCUAUGACUUGUAUGGAGAUUUCUCGGCAUAAAGGAAUCUUCCAUUUUAUUGAACUAGCAAGUGAAAGAUGCAAUUUUCAACUGGACUCCUGAACAUUUACAUAUUUAGAACGAAAAUGCCAGAGUAAAAUCUAGGAAGAGGAAGCUACCAAACCUGAUAGAAUGGGAAAAAAGAUUUUACUUUAGAAGGUCCAUGUACCUUCUGUCUAGGGCUAUAAGAGAGAGAGAGAGAGAGAGAGAGAGAGAGAGAGAGAGAGUGUGUGUGUGUGUGUGUGUGUGUGUGUGUGUGGCACUGUUAAAUGUGCUGGUAGCUUAAGAUACUCUUUGGUUUUCUUUAGCUUUAACUGGGGUACUCUGAACUCGUUUCAGACUGUUGAAAGCUAGGACCUUCUCCCUAGCAAAGUGUAUAUUGUACAUGGAAUACAUAGUUUUACCAAUACUUUUUUGUUGUGGGAGAGUAGGGCUAUGUACAAUCCCAUAGGAUCAAUAACCUCUGCUCUGUACAAUGUGGACUGUGACAUCCUAGACCAGGAAUUGGCAAACUUUUUUCUGUAAAGGGCCUGAUAGUAAAUAUUUCUGGUUUUGUGUGCCAUGCAGUCUCCUUUGCAGCUACUCAGGUCUGCUGUUGUGGAGUGAAAACAUCCAUAAAUGAUAUGUAAAUGGAUGAGUAUGGUGCUGUGUUCCAAUAAAACUUUUAUUUACAAAAUCAGGCAAUGGGCCAGAUUUGGCCCACAGGCCAUGGUUUGCCAUUACCUGUUCUAGACCAUCAAAUACAACACUGCAAUUGAUUAAUUCUGUGUAUAGAGUUCUUCCAUUUAGUGAGUAUUUAGCUCAGCUGCUAUUGAGGCAGAUGAGGAAGAUGGACAUAGGAAAAUGAACUCUGAAAGGAUGGGACUGUUCAGUCCCAUGAAAAUUGUCUCUUAAUUUCCUCCGGUAAGUUUUCUUGCCCUGGAAGCCAAUGGGACAAUUUUCUUCAGAUUAAAUUGAGUCUCUACUUUUUGCAUUUCUAUGCAAUAACUUAUUUCAUAGCUUGCAAAUAAAAGGCACACUUCUCUGAGAUGUUAACUACAUUCUUUUCUCUUAGCUUUGCAUUUUGUUUCUCUUUGUGGUGUGAUUCGCAUGCAGGGAAAAAUCAUGAACCCAGACACUAAUCAUUUGGUUUUCCUUUUCCCUGAACUGGGUCAGGAUUUGAGAAUUUGGGAGGCCAUACUAACCUCAGAAGUAGAAGGCAGAUAGAAUUCUUAAAAUCUUCCAAUUUAUCCACCUCACCUAUUUGGCUACCUUUUAAGAAAGUGAGAAAGAAUAGUUCGGCAUCAAAAUACUUGUUCUCAGGUGGACUUAGAGCUAUAGGAUACUUAGACCCACCCCUUGAGUACAGUCCCUGCCUGGUCUUGGAGGGAGGAGGCUGCUUCACCUUAUUCCUUUUUUAAAAUCAUCAGUAAAUUACUAUCUUAAGGGGCCUAUGCAAAAUGCAUCCUUCCUCAUGUGACUAGCUUGAGUCGCCAGCCUCGGUUGAAUUUCUGACCCCAUAGCCUCUAGCGAAAUCUCUGCUUUCUCUAUGGGACCUGAACAAUUGCAUAAUUCACUUUGCCUUCUGUCAGUAAUUUUGCUGUACAGAAUACUCUUUGCGUACAGAAUACUAUACAAGUAACUGCCAUUUACUGAAGCUUUCUCUAUUUUCUUCUUCUAGAACAGUACAACACAUCUUCCUUAAAGCUACAGUCUCUCUAUUAUUCAGAAACAUAUUUUCCCUGCUGUAUCUUCAGGCAAACAUAAAUUACACUUAGUAUGAUACCAGAAACUCCUUAAGAGAGCACAUUUAAAUAUCUGAUCUAGCCAUUUACCUAAAAGAAUGUUUUCUCUUCACCUAGGGAAACAAAACCUGAAUUUCAGGGCCUUCAAAAUGAAAUUAUCCUUCUGGGGGUAAUUUCUGGGACACUGCCACGAAAUACAUCAUUCACUACCUGUUCCUGGUGUCUGCAAAGAAGAUGUGUCAUUUUCCUAAGGCUUAGAGAGUCACUGUUUACAGCUAUGCAAAUAUCAUUCUACCACUGCAGGUUUUCUAGUGGAGCCAUUUGCAAUCAAGACUUAAGUUGGGGUUUAUCUUUUCAGUUCCUGACCCAAACUCCUUUACAAGCAAAAUUUCUCUAAAAAGCCUUUUUUUAAAUAUCUGAGGUGAAGAGGUCUAGGCUUAAGUAAAAACAUAAAGCAAGAUCAAGGACUUUAUAAUAGGGAAUCUUUUUUAAAAAAGAAACCAAUAGCACCUCAUAACACAAAUACAUGUUAAUAGAAUUUAAAAAUAUCCAGCCUAGUUCCCUUGGACUGUCAGUAUUUCGACAUCACUUGUAUUGCAUUUGAACUAGGACACCAAGCCCUAUUCUUGGUAGUUUACAGUUAGAUUUUGGGAGAUUUGCAUUGUAUUUCUUUCUUAGAGUUGUCAAUAUGGACAGAUUUCACUGUGGGCCGUUAAUCUCGACACAUGGGUUUUGUCCAGGUUAACACUUUUGCAAUUCUCGGAUUUAGGGUCUUUUUUGAAAAAUGAGGGUAAUGCUUUUAUGAGUUGGAGACUGAGCUCAGGGAAAGUACAGGACAGCUGAGGCACUUACUUGUGUCUUAACAUAGGAAACAACCUCCUAAGUAAUCCCUGAGGCUAUGGCUUUGACCAGGCCAUCACAGUCUUUUCUGUUUCCCUUGACUGCUUUUUGCUUGCUAUUCCUCUGCUGGUUACAGAUGGCCUGGGCUGACUUAAUGCUUCUGUGGAAAGGAAAUGAUCCAACCAUUUUCAUAUAUCAAAAGUCAGAAUUGGCAAUUUUGCACUGGUCUUGUCUACAUGGAUUCAGUUGUUCUCAAAUCUUGAAACUGUAAGGGAUAUCUGAGAGAACUUUUAGCAAAGCCCUCACUCAAAAUAAAAGACCUGAUAAUAAAACUCCCAUUUGGCCUUAAAAGACGAGCAGCUGGGUUGGAUGUCUUUUCCUCUUAAGUCAUAUUCUAUUGUCGCCAGAAAUGAACAAUUAGCAUCAUUUGGUCACUACAAUGUUUGUAUUGGAGUCUGCAAGCUAUUUUAACAAAGCAAGUCAAGCCACUGCCUUAGGGAAUUGUCACUGGACUUUGGAGUUUAAGGCUGAAAACUGAUGUGAAAUUAUGUUUGGGGGCCACAAGAAAAGAUAAAUGCAGAGAGCAGGAACCCCAUGGAAGAGCAAGCUGAUAAAAGAUGCAGACAGGUAUACUCCUUAAAUUAUUUCAGUAUUACUGUGAAGCUGAUCUCCUAUGGGAAAACCCAACAAAAGCCAGAACUUUAUUACCUUUUUUCCCCUUAAAAAAUUGAACUAUAAGAAGAUUCAGAGAGCGGCAUUGAUUUGAACAUCAGAAAAUUUUCUCGUUUCCCUGGUGUUACUGAUUCUACAGAGACCAUCUAUCCGCUCUCUAUCUGCCUUGUGGGUGAAGAAAAAUGAACACAAAACCAAGCCCCCUCAUGUUUAGUUCUGGUGGCAAAUGUCUUUAAGAAAGGUGGACACCAAAGGUUAUACUUUUUCCACAAUGCAGAGAACUGUGAAUAUUUGUAGAAAUACACUACAAGUCUUCACCAGAAGAGCUAAAAUUUAUAAUUAAAAAAAAAACAAACAAAAAAACAACACUCAAAGCUGGUUUGAAUUGUUAGAGGCAGGGGAAGAGUGGAAGAAGUAAUGUUAAGACUGGAGGGCACAGAACUUGCUUUCAGACUAUGUUCAUUGGUGCUUCUGGGGGUCUCUUGCCAUGAAGGAAAAGGGACAAGAGUGUGAUAAAGGUCAACCUUGCCUGUCUGAAACCCCUGUCAAACUCCAAUCAGAAUAUUCAGCUACUAAUAUUGUUCCCUUUAACUGGAAGUUUCUAUGGCAAUUAAAGGCUUGGGAACUUAGGAUGAGCAAACUGAAGACCCUAAACAGCCUAUGAAUUCAGGAAAUUUUGUAUCCAAAAAUGUUGGUGUGUCCCUGGCUUUCCCUGUAUUGAGUUUGUGAACAGGGCCUGGAGGCAGGAGGACAAGAAGAGAGGGUGUUUUAAUUUCACUUUUAAGCAUGAAUCAUUUGAAAGAAAAUGCAAAAAUCGAUCUGUGAUGGCUAUUCAUAUCGAUCCUUAAAUUGGUUAGUUUUCCAAAGUGGUUGAGAGUCAGUCACCUGAUCUCAGUGACAAGGAAGUGGUGUGACUGGGCUCUUGAUGGGCAGUGGAAUUUCUAAAUUUCUACAUUUACAGAGGCAAGAAUUGUAAUUUUUGUUCAUUGACGUGUAAGUAAAAAGAAAGCUCUUUGGACAGUUUUGGCACAGAGAAGGGUAUGAUCUGAGAUGCAAGCUAACAGUGACCAUCACUGGGUUUUACAAAGGUUACAGGUGGAGAACAGUCAUAGGCCCUUGGGACAGCCGUUGGAAGCUGAAAACUAAGGUGGUGCAUCUGUCAUGAACCAAAUGCAAGGGAUGCUUAGGUAUCAAGCAAAUCAUAUCAGGUGCCUUCUACACACUCACAAAGAGUCUGUGGUGAAUUCUGUGGUAUGUUUGCCACUAAACCAAAUUUAACAGCUGGGGUUUUAGAGCAGCCAUUUUAGAAUGCUGUAGGUGUCCAAAAGUUACAUUUGGCAACAAUUUGUAGAGUUCUCAGCCAAUCUCUGUGGGAAAGCCGCCCCAGGAGGUUUGAUUAAGAAAAUGCAGGCAACCCAUCUGUCCCAUUAUCCCUGUGUUGGAUUUAUUCUCUGGUCUCAAAUUUAUUUCCUGAGUGGAGUGAUUUUCUAUAUGAACUGAAAUGAAGGAGUGAUGUUUUAAUAAAAAUAGGUAUUUUUAGAGGAAACAUGUUUUCUUUAUGUAAUUAACUUUCACAAUUGGAACACAUUUCCUCUAGACAGAAUCAUCACAUGGGCUCAUUUAAAGCUGAAAGAGGUGUUAGAGAUGUAGUUCCACAAUCUGAAACUAUUUAAAUACGUGAACAUUUUUAUAUAUAUUUUGUGAAACUAUGAAUGAUAUCUAGAUAUAUAACUACUAUAUGGAACUGACUAUAUGGAACUGAACUUCACAAGAAUUUUAGUAUGAUAGGUGGGGUUCCCCAACUUCCUUUGUGCUUCAGUCUUAUUGCUGAAAAUGCUGCUUCCAUUUAUUAAUCUGGUCUUUGAGGAAAAAAAACCCACUUUUUUUUCUUACCUUCUGUGAAUUUUACAAUAGGUCUUUUUUUAUUUGUAUAUAUGAUUGAUUGUUUUCCUGUGUUGCACCCCAAAUUUGCUUCUAAGCCAUGUUUAUUGUAAAGACAGCUGUUGGGCAAGUGGGAACAUGUCUGGUCUUUACAACCCCUUGAUGCUAGGAUGAAGCAAUUCCAUAUGCUAGUUCGGAGGCCCCAUUAUCUCUUCCUGAAACCUGAAGUAUUCUGAAAGGAGAUCGGAGAGGUUGUGCACCCCUGUCCUUUGAAACCCAUCUCCAAUGCUGUGUCUCUGGAGAGUGUGCAAGAGAAGAAUGACUCCCGCCUUGUGGAUUCCCUCAUCGACCGACCCCCUCAUCUCUCCUGCCGUGUACAACAUGCUGCUACCUUUCCCUGGUGGAAUUCAUCUCUUCUUCGUGGAUUGCCAUAUCUUUUCUUUAUGGCUGAGGGAGGCUGAACCAUAGAGCAUGGAAUUCAUUAGACGUUCGUAAAGUAAAAGACCUCUGAAGGAUGUGGGUAGAAUGUUUCCAUGCCUUUGAGGUGCACAUUAAAUUUAUGUGUUGGCCUUGGGAACUUUUCGCUCCUGAGCUACAGAAGGAAAGAAGUUGGGGGUAUAUCCUUAACUAUGUGUUUUCCUAUAUGGAAAUGUGUGUGUGUGUGUGUGUGUGUGUGUGUGUGUGUGUGUGUGAAGGGCAGCUUCCUCAAGGGGAAAACAUGCCUUAUCUUUGUAUGGGGAAAGGAGAAUUAUGAAUAUCAAUUGGUAACUUCCAGUCAAAACUCCAGUGUUGUAUUGAAAAAAUACCUAUUUUGUGGGGAAGUGCGCCUUUUGUUGUCUUUACUGGGAUAGCUUGGGUGGCCCUCAUGCAUUUUCAUUUUAGCCUAGCUUUCCCAUUAUCCAGGUUGUGUGCAUUAUUGUUCUUCUUGUUUUUCUUUUGAACUACUGCUUAUUGUAAUUGGUGAUAUUAUCUCAAAAUCUUGAACCCAAGGAAAUAGCUAAUGUGCAGGAUUUGAGGUAGAUACAAGUAUUAGCGUUGACAUAGGCUGAGGUUUAAUAGUUACCAGAAGUGUACUGAACUGAGGGAUAAUGUGGCUUUAAAGAAGUCAUGGUUGUUUUUAGCAUUGGGGGAAGUCCUAGGUCUUUAUUCUUGAGAAAUUCAUCUUUUCGUGCAAAUACUAUCGGUGGGGCUUACUUAACAGUCUGGAUAAUUGGCCUCUAGCAGUCAAUAAACAGGGAAUUACAAUAAUUGCCAAAGGUGGGGGUAAUUUUGUCCUAUAAAGUGAUGAAAGUUCUAAUCAGAGAACCUUGUAAAAAGCAUAACUAUCAUUUCCCUCCUCUUUUCUGAUCUACAACGAGCACAGUAAAGGAAGAGUUAAAUUUCUGAUGUGCCACGAAAUAGUUCUUUGAGUCUGUGCUCUUGAAUAAGGACAUGGCUGAGAUGUUGAACUACGUGACUGCUACGUGGUUCACAUGGCGACUGUGCCGGCACCCCUCUCACCACCUCAAAAGGAAAAUGAAAUCAGGAGAUUAAGUCAAACUUGGACUCCUCUGGGGAUGAGGAGCUGACACUUCGAUUUCCUAUCUCAGGAUAUUCUUCGGUUUCAUACUGCUGCUGAGGAGAAGAGAAUGAGUUGCAGACACUGUAACUGGUCUCCGGAUGUUUGUGCUUAUGUGCGUAAGACUUCACACCGGGUGUGUUGUGUUCCAUGUCGCGUCAAUCUACGAACUGACUCAAACAACAAUUUGAAGAUAGAGAAGAUGGUGACAAUGACAAAACACACCCAACCACCUCUUCCUGUCAACGUGCUUGCUAUGACGUUCAUGGCUAGAACAAAGAACCUAAGUCUUCAGGAGCCAGGUGUUCUCGAAAGAUAUGGUGUGUUGAUCUCAUAAGAAAAUGUACAACCAAUAAAAGACAUUUUAAAAAGCA